UCCAGCCAUCAAUCAUCCAUUCGUUUCCGCAGCCUGUAGUCUGUGAAGUUACCCGGGCACAGAUGCAGGUCGUGCGGAUGCUGUCACCGGUUAAUAAAUGACUGGCCGUCUGCUGCCAGUGUUAGUGAGUGGAGGCUGCAUCAUAAUGAGCUGAUACUAUGUAAGCGAGGGGCCGAGGAAGGAGGACAAACAUGGCCAGAGAUUGUGUGUCACAGCCCGGAGAAGUGUGACGUGGUUUACAGCAACGAGAGGCGGUCACUGAGAGAUCCUCCUCUUCAGAUCUCCGCAGAUCCGAAGGUUCGCAACCUUCAGGCUCAGAGCUCCACGGACCUUUAACUGUGAUCCGAUCUGUGGGGGUUUUUUAAUUUUGUGGAGGGGGACAGGAUGUGUUGUCCUCCGGAGCUUCACUGCUGACCAGACCGAAGGGGCUGCCCACCUCUGACUGUGAAUGCGUGAGCCUGAGUCAGGAAACCUCGAAGAAACUUUUGAAUUUGAACCCAUCCAGGAGUAGUUACUGUCAGUGACACUCUGGAUCACACAGCUUUAAACUCUGCUUUGGAUCGACUCUGAUCUUUUAACUGUACUGUUGUUGAACUGGUGGCUUCUUGGGCAGCUGAACCAUGGCACUUUAUGUAGAAGGUCUGAGUAAAGGAGUGGCCAAAGGAGGGAUGGCUCAGUUCCAGGAAAUGAUGCGGCAGCAGCUGGAGAGCUCCAUGCACACGGAGCUGGAGAAACUGCUGGACACCACCACGGGGGCCGAGAGAGAGGUGUCCAAGAAAGACUUUGAGGGCUUCAAGAAUCUUUUCCACAGAUUUCUGCAGGUGAAGGGGCCGUCGGUGGAGUGGAUCAAGAUACAAAGACCUCCAGAGGACUCGAUCCAGCCCUAUGAUAAGAUCGAAGCUCGAGGCCUGCCAGACAACGUGGCGGACAGUCUGAACAAACUGGUGGUGGUGAAGCUGAACGGAGGCCUGGGCACCAGCAUGGGCUGUAAGGGCCCCAAGAGCCUGAUCAGCGUCCGCAACGAGAACACCUUCCUGGACCUCACUGUGCAGCAGAUAGAGCACCUGAACAAGACGUACAACACAGACGUGCCCCUGGUUCUCAUGAACUCCUUCAACACAGAUGAAGACACAAAGAAGAUCCUGCAGAAGUACACACACCACCGUGUCAAGAUACACACCUUCAACCAGAGCAGGUAUCCUCGCAUCAACAAGGAGUCGCUCCUCCCUGUGGCCUCGAGCUUGAACAUGAGCGGUCAAAGCACAGAAGGCUGGUACCCUCCGGGCCACGGCGACAUCUACGCCAGCUUCUACAACUCGGGCCUUUUGGAUCAGCUGAUCCAGCAGGGCAAGGAGUACAUCUUUGUGUCCAACAUCGACAACCUGGGAGCCACCGUGGACCUCCACAUCCUGCACCACCUGGUCAGCCAGCCAAACGGCAAGCGCUGCGAGUUCGUCAUGGAGGUGACGGACAAGACGCGCGCCGACGUCAAGGGCGGCACUCUGAUCCAGUACGAAGGAAAACUGCGUCUGCUGGAGAUCGCUCAGGUGCCCAAGGCCCACGUGGACGAAUUCAAAUCGGUUUCAAAGUUCAAGAUCUUCAACACCAACAACCUGUGGAUCUCUCUGGCUGCCAUCAAGAGGCUGCAGGAACAGAAGGCGAUGGACAUGGAGAUCAUCGUCAACCCCAAGGUUCAGGAAUACUUGACUCGCUUCGAGAGCAUCCCCGACAUGCUGGAGCUCGACCACCUCACCGUGUCUGGGGACGUCACGUUUGGGAAAAACGUUUCUCUCAAGGGCACCGUCAUCAUCAUCGCCAACCACGGCGACCGGAUCGAUAUUCCCGCCGGCUCCAUGCUGGAAAACAAAAUCGUGUCCGGUAACCUGCGCAUACUGGACCACUGAGCUGGACGUGUUUGUAGCUUGCAUACACCGCCCCCUACAGGCUCCUUAGGAAUACUAUCAAAGGUUUAUGUUAUAUAAUGAGAUAAUAACGGUUGUCACUUUCCACAAAGACAUUUAUAUAACAGAAGAGAAAACUACAGAUUUUAUCGUUUAUCUUCGUUUCGUCUGCUUCCUCAUGAAAAAGUUAAAUCUGCCAAAAAACAGUUAUUUAAUAAAGACACUUAUAAAACUGAUGACUUCAUAAUCCUCCUCCUCAUCCUCCCUCUCCUCCUCCUUCUCCUCCUCCUCCUCAGUAUAUAGCGUUUGUACAUAGAAGUAAACCAAUCACAUGUUCUUUCAUUUCAAGCUCAAGCUCCAUCUGUUGCAACUCACUUAAAAAAUAAGAAGAACCCACAGUCACAUUUAAAUUCACAGCUUCUUGAUUUCUAUUUUAUAUCUGCACCAAAUGAAAUAUCAGUCCCUGAAACAUAACAGAGUUUUAUUGUUAUUCAUGAGGUUCAAUCAAUGAAAUUUGAUUUGUACAGCUCUUAUUCACGAAUCACAAUUGGUGUCUUAGGGCUUAACAUCCUCUGUUCUUAACCCUCAACAAGAGCAAAGGAAAGAACUAUCCAGAAAAACUAAACGCCCAGAUCUCACAAUGUUAAAGAAAGUGACGAUCACAGUGAAACCUGGAGGCAACGAAACGCUCCGUCUCUGUAACUGCUGGACUUUAUCCAGGCGAGACAACGACGCCGUAAAGUUUUAUGUAAAAAAUAUAAUGUGAAGUGAAGACUUCUUUGUUCAGUCCUGUGAUGUAGAAGAUAAAAAAAACCACAUUGUGCAUUAUUGUCUUUUUAUCCAGUUAGUUUGUUCACAUGUUGACCUUCAUGUUGUGUGAAACCUCGUGCCUCCAUCACAGUGUCUCACGUCUCCUCCCGUCCAGCAACGUCUUUCUGCCUUUUAGCCUCACGCACCGAGCACCGCAGGUCAUUUUAAAACAAACGUGUACAUACGCAGAGUUUCAGUGUGGAAGAUACUUGAGAUGGGUCCUGGAAGCAAUAAGUGUUGAUCUGUGACGAGGUCUCGGCCCAGUUCUGCCUUCUCGGAGCUGAAUAAAGUGCAAUACGAAAUACUGA